AUGGCAGGAAAUCUUGAGAAACAAUUUGAGGUAUGGACUACCUCUCAAGACAAUCCAGAGGAAUACAUUUGGUUACAGUCCACCAAGAGUACAGUAGAGCUACUCUUUAUGGGCUUUGAAAUUCAUAUUUCAUUUCCUAUCGAUAUAGCUGAUUUAAAGUCAUUUCUUACAAGUUUUACAGGAAUAAAUGCCAGUAACAAGGUUACCAUUGAUGUAGAUCAAGAUGAUGAUGGACAAGAAGAAGAUGAAGACGACUCUGACAAUGAAGAUGAGGAUGAAGAUCAAAUGGACGAAGAUGGUGACUUUGGAGAUGACAUGGAAGAAGAUGAAGAAGAUGCAUUUGAGAAUGAUGAAUUCCAAGAAGCAUUACAAACAUUAAAGAUGAAAAAAGUAUGGGCAAAAAAGGAACAAGAGAUUAGAGCACAACUUGGAGAAAAGAAAAAGAAGGAUCCAAAGGUAUCGAACAUUUUCAGUAGUGAUGCGGCUUUUGGUAUCUUGACAAACGAUCUGUUUAGUAUCAUGCAAAACGUACAUUCAUUGGGUUUCUCUGCUCAACCAAUCGACGAUAACAUCUAUUGGUGGCAAGUUAAAAUAUUUGGAUUCGAUCAAUCAUCAAAGAUUCAUCAACAAUUACAACAAGUUAAAAAGGAAUUUGAAUAUGACUAUGUCGAAUUACAAGUUUUAUUCACAGAAGAUCUUUAUCCAUUCUAUCCACCAACUUUAAAAAUUAUUAGACCUAGAUUACAAGGAUUCAUGAUUGGAAAGAUUGCACAUUUAGAAAUACUUACACUUGAAAAUUGGAAUCCAAUUUGUGAUAUGAGAUUUGUAUUGAAUCAUCUUAAAGAGGUUCUAGAGAAAUACGCACAACUGGACGUCAACAACCCACUCAAUUCCUUACAAAACUCUGGUUCAUAUUCUUUGAUUGAGCAUUAUUUGCUCCGUUUGGAAUUGCUCAGUAACAUUGUACCACGUGCGAAUCUAAAGUAUGGUUUGCCAUCGAGUAUUGUCAAGCCUGCAAAUGUCAUCACCAAGCAAAAGGCCGAUCAACCCAAAGACGCAAAGGGCCAAUACUGGGCAAAGGGCACCGGUUAUGGACGUGGAGGAACACAGGGAUGGAAUGUCGAAGCAUUUGUUGCCGCUCAAAAGGAACGUGACUCUGAAACAAUUUCGCUCAUCAAUGCCAUCGAGAUGGAAGUCAAAAAAAAUCAACCAAACUUUGAUGUCUUGGAAGAAUCAUGUCUCAUCCCAUUCUUUGAAAGCUAUUGCAGAGAUAUUGCUCCUCUUGACGUUGAAAGACAUUCAGAUCUAUUUAUAUCAAUAUUUACUUUAAUCGAAACUCUUGUAGAUUAUGAAUCAUUUGUUCCAUUAUUCUCUCAAUUAUCUUAUCAAACAAAAUCAUUAGGUGAAUUCCUAGCUAUUGCAGGAACUCAAAUUGAAAUUGUAUUCAAAGUUUUAGAUGAAACUCAGAGAAAAGCAUUAAAAGCUCAAAGUUUAAUGUUAGUUGUAAAUAAAAAGGUUCAGACGAAAUUGAAAUCAAUGAUGGAUGAGUUGAGAAAAUUGGAAAGUGCAAGAGCAGUGCAACUGCGAAUUCCAGGAGAGGUGGAUACAGCAGUCGACACCAAGUAUUGUAAUCUAUUAAAGUCACACAUGUUUGAGAUGGCUAAUUUGGGUGCCAAGACAUCUUCUUCAAACAGUCAAUCAAGAAUCCUUCGUAUUGCACAAGAGCAGGGUGGUUUGGUGCACUCGCUUCCGCUCACUUUUGACUCUUCUGUCUUUGUACGUGUUGACGAGAACCACAUGGACACUAUGGAAGCACUCAUCACAGGGCCAGCCGACACACCGUACAGUGCUGGCUGCUUCCUCUUCCACAUUACAUUCCCCGCCAACUAUCCCGCUGCACCUCCACACGUCACUUUGCUCACUACUGGAGGUGGUACUGUUCGUUUCAACCCCAACCUAUACAAUAGCGGAAAGGUGUGUUUGUCACUCCUCGGUACAUGGUCAGGUGGAGAAGGUGAGAAUUGGAACCCCAACACCAGUACUCUACUUCAGGUGCUUGUCUCUAUCCAGUCGUUGAUUCUCGUUCCAGAGCCUUUCUUUAACGAACCGGGUUAUGAGACACAGAUGGGAUCGGCUCAAGGUCGUGCAUCCUCUCUCAACUACAACUCGACCAUUCGUAUUGCCGCAAUCGAGUGGGCUAUGGUCGACAUGAUCAAAAAGCCACCCGCCUACUUUAAGGAUAUUAUUCACGCUCACUUUUACUACCAGCGCCAAAAGAUCAAACAACAGUGUGACAAGUGGUUGGAAGAUUGUAAAUCAAAUAGCGAUGCACAAUUCAAAAUGGCAAAAACAAUCAAUAAUCUCAAUGCUGAACUUGCCAAUUUAAAGGAACCUAAACCUUUCUAA